UUACCAAUAAGCCUUCUAACGAAGAUAUCGAAAACACUAAAAACGUAUUCUUCUGUUUUUGCUAAAAAUAAAAUAAAAAAAAACAACAACAAAAAAGUCGUCGUUUUUAUUCUAAAUACAAAGAAAUAACAUAAAAAACAAAAGACUUUAUUACAUCCCUGCAAAGGAUAUUUGGUGUUGAGUGUGUGUGAUAUUUAGGAAAAUAAAUUACAAAUACAAUCAAAAUCAUCAUGAAAUCUAUCGUUUUGACCGUUCUCUGCUGUAUGGCUGUUGCAGUCUCCGCUCAGCGAGGCUUUCCAUCCCCUCAACGUUCAUUCGAAGCUGAUGCUGUGAUACUCAAACAGGAUUUCAAUUUAAACCCUGAUGGCUCAUACAACUACAACUACGAGACAAGCAAUGGCAUACGGGCGGAUGAAAGCGGUUACUUGAAAAGUCCAGGCACACAAAAUGAGGCUCAGGUUAUGCAGGGUUCUUAUACAUAUACUGGUCCUGAUGGUGUUGUCUAUACCAUAACUUAUAUAGCCGAUGAAAAUGGUUUCCGGGCUGAAGGCGCUCAUAUUCCAACACCACCACCCGUGGCACCUGUUGCCGGACCGCGAGGCAGAUUCUUCAAGUAAAUAAAUUUUCCUUAAGAAAUUUAAGAAAAUUUUCAUCGUUUACCCCACUGUAAGAAUUUGCACGCAAUCAUCAAAAACAAAUGAGAUUAAAGAACAAACAAAAAAUGAUACAUUGUCCCAUUACACAGUUUGAAAGAAAGCAAAAAAAAAAAAAACAAGCAAAAGUUGGCAGAAUUAAGUAAGUUAAGCUAAAGAUGAAAACAAAAAAGAAAAAAAAACAAAAAAAAAACGACAACAAUUAAUACAAACAC